UUUUAAUGAAUUAGCUGAUAUGCAUCUUAUGUAUGGUCUUGCUCAAAGUAAUGCUGCCGAGGCAAGAAGAUUAUACAUCCAGUCUUUUCCAAAUCGAGAUGUACCGAGAAUAGCGUCUUUUUGAAAUGUAGACAGAAACUUGAGAGAAUUUGCUUAUAAUAUGCCUCAUCGAAUUGGUAAAGUCAACAAUAUCGAGAAAUUUGAUUCAGAAUUUUUCAAUAUACCCGCAACAGAAGCUCAUAUAAUGGAUCCUAUGAUUAGAACGUUACUCGAGCAUACUUACGAAGCAAUCAUCGAUGCUGGCGUAAACCCAAAAGAAUUACAGGGAACAAGAACGAGUGUUCUUACAGCAAUUUCUGUGUCUGGGACUCGAUCGUAUUUUUCUUUUAAAUCUGAAUUUGGUGAAUUGCCUAUGACUGUAUGCAACGUUUCUCUCAUGGCAAACAAAAUUUCUUACUGGCUCGGCGUUAUUGGACAGUCACAUAAUAUUGAUACUGCAUGUAGUUCAAGUAGCUAUGCUGUAGUGAAAGCUUACGAGCUGAUUCAGUCCGGAGAGUGCGACGCGGCCAUUAUCGCUUCAGCCAAUCUAUGCCUCAAUCCUCAUGUACAAUUUCAAUUUUACCAUCUUGGGGUUCUAUCUUCUGAUGGUUAUUGUAAACCCUUUGACGAGGAAGGCACUGGAUAUAUGCGUAGCGAAACGAUCGCUGUAGUAUAUCUGCAAAAGGCAAAAAAUGCAAGAAGAAUAUAUGCAACCCUCGUACACGGUAAAAUAAAUUGCGAUGGUUUUAAAGAAGAAGGUAUUACCUUUCCAUCGGUCGAAAAGCAAAAAAUGUUAUUGGAUGAAUUUUAUAAGGAAUGUGAAAUCAUGCCCAGUGAGUUAUCUUACAUGGAGGCCCAUGCAACUGGUACUCUUGCUGGUGAUCCCGUAGAAAUUAUGUCUAUCGACCAGGCUAUAUGUGCUAAAAGAAACACUCCGUUAUUGAUGGGCUCGGUAAAAUCGAAUAUUGGACAUUCCGAACCCGCCAGUAGCUUUUGUCAAAUCGCAAAG